ACUACACACUUAAUCAUCCAAAAACCCUAAAAUUUUGGUCUUAAUAACAAGGUUCUUUAUUGGUCCUCAUCAUUUUUCUAAACGCAACACCAAUUUCCAUUCCAAAAUUCUAAUCUAAUCUUGAGACGGUUCAUGUGUUUUUCUGUGUUUUAAUUUCCAUUUUAUAUCCAUCAAAAUAAAAUUUUACAGUACUUUCCAGUUACAAUAGCUACGAUGAAUCACGAUCAUGGCAUGGAAGGCAUGGCACCGCCACCACAGUUAACCAAUGGCACGUCAGGGAUGCACCAGCACAAGAUGAUGAUGAUGAUGCAUAUGACCUUCUUCUGGGGCAAGAACGCCGAGAUCCUCUUCUCAGGCUGGCCAGGCAUGCGUGCUGGCAUGUAUGCACUAGCCUUGAUAUUCGUCUUUGUUCUUGCUUUCCUUGUUGAAUGGCUCUCUCAUUCCCGGUUGAUCAAGCCAGGAUCAAGCAAUGUCUCAGCUGGUCUUGUGCAAACAUUCUUGCAUGCCAUGAGGGUUGGUCUAGCUUAUUUGGUAAUGCUUGCUGUUAUGUCUUUUAAUGGUGGGGUGUUUCUUAUGGCUGUUGCUGGUCAUACCUUGGGCUUCUUGUUGUUUGGUAGUAGGGUUUUCAAGAAAAAUACGGAAGUGUUGUCUUAUGACAAAACCUCUGAUCUUCCUCCUAUGAGUUGCUGAUCACCCAGGGACAGAUCUGGGGUGGGACAGCUGCCCCACAAAAAUCCUGAAAAUUAAUUUCAAAAUUAAU